UUUUACACCGCUUACAACGCUGUAUUAGUUCUAAACGUAACGCGAUGUCGAUAUAAAUCUUUGAGACAAGAUAAUAAAAAUGCACAAACGCAGAGAGGUGGAGAAAUAGGCGCAUAAAAACAUCGAUGUCUUUCCUCACAAGCGAAGCAACGCGAUAUGUCAGAUGAACGUGGAAAGGCGACGCGAGCGUGACCGAGCAUUUCGAGUGGGAAUCGAAUAUUUGAGUGUGACAAGGAAUAAAAUAUAUUUGUGAGACUUUAAUCGAAAAUUUUCACUAAUCGAGUGGUAUAGAAGAAUAUUAAGAACAAGAAACGACGCGAUAAUAAAGAAAUAUUUGCAGAAACUAUAACAAAUUCUUAUAACGUGGAAAAUAUUAAAGUUCUCGAAGCUAUUUUCUUCACUGCUAGGCCCAUAUCUAUGCAUGCAUAGAUUGAACGACAAAAAUAACAUUAAUAUUUUCGUUUCAAUGCAAGUGCUUAUCAGAAUUAUCCUCUAAUUUAAUAUAUCAUUUAUAUAUAAUUAUAUUAAAUCAAAAUCAUCGAAGAAUAAAUUUUCUAGAAAGAUCAUUUCCCAUGAUACAAAGAAAAGACCUAAUUAAAAAUGCAACAUAUGCGUCAAUAUCGCAACUCAUUGCUAGAAACUGAAUUACUAGAAAACUCAUUGCUAGAAAAUGGCUACUAAUAAGUUGAUAUGAAUAUCGAGAAGGAAUUUUGUUAGGAUGAAAAACUGAGAAAAAGAAGAAAAAGGAAAAGAAAAAAAAAUUUAUAUCUCGAUUUGCAAAGAAAAAAAAAAGAAAAAAAGAAAAGAAUAAGAAAAUUAUUUACCAUUAACGAUAUUCAACAAAUGCAAACAAAUAAGAGGAAGUUUUCUCAAGACGAUACCGGAAACGCAUGUCCAUAGAAAGCAAACAGACAAAAACAACGCAUUUCCUUUUGCCCUUAUUAUUGUAUACGAACGCAAGAAGUCUUGGAAUUUCUCAAUAAAAGAACCAUAAAAAAAAAGUGAUGAAAUCCACUAGUUAAAGAAAAAUGAAAGAAUAUUCGAGAUAGAAGUACAUCAUAUCGAUGAAUCGAAAACGUAAUUAUUCGGGAGGAACUCGUUUAGCUUUUCACCGAAAAAGAAACGAGAAGGAUGAAGAAGACGAUGACGACGAUGCGAACGAUGAAUACUAGCAUUCUCUUUCUAUCAGGGGGGUACGAGGAUUACAAUAGUGAGAUAAACGUUGAUCCAGAAGAGAUAUUGCCGAAAAACAUGAACGACGUUUUAACGUCAAUCAACUCUACGUGUCUCGGACAUGCACCAAAAUUGACCAAAAUGAUUUACCUCAAGGCCAUUGUAUUAGCUGUCAUGUCGAUCGUCAGUCUAAUAGCCAAUCUUGCUACGAUAUAUUCAGUGACAAAAAAUCGACGAAAACAGCAAAACUGGUCAGCCAUUUAUACUUUGAUAUUACAUCUAUCCGUGGCAGAUCUUCUCGUAACGAUAUUUUGUAUCGGUGGUGAAGCAGUCUGGAGUUAUACCGUUCAAUGGAUUUGGGGUAAUGUCGCUUGCAAACUCUUCAAGUUUCUCCAAGUGUUCAGUCUUUAUCUCAGCACGUUUAUCCUCGUGCUGAUAGGUGUCGAUCGUUUCGUUGCUGUUCGAUAUCCAAUGAAGAGUUUGAGUACAACUCAUCGAUUUCUCAGAUUCGUCACGUUUGCCUGGGUACUUUCUAUACUUUUGGCAACACCACAGAUAGUUAUCUUUCACGUGGCACGCGGACCUUUUGUUGAGGAGUUCAUACAAUGUGUGACGCAUGGAUUUUAUACGGAACCAUGGCAAGAACAGUUGUAUGGUAUGUUUAGCAUAUUUUUCAUGUUUCUUUUACCACUCGCCAUUUUAAUUACCACGUACGUUUCAACGGUAAUUACGAUAUCAAAAAGUGAAAAAGCAUUUAAGUCAGAAUUAAUUAACAAUAAUUUGCAACGUACGAAUAGUGAUAUUAAUAGAAGAAAAUUAUUACACCGUGCGAAAACGAAAUCGUUGCGUAUCAGUGUUGUCAUAGUUGCUGCGUUUGUCCUUUGGUGGACACCAUAUUAUACGAUGAUGAUAAUAUUUAUGUUUCUUAAUCCUGACGAACACCUGAGCGAAGAUCUCCGAAGUGGAAUCUUUUUCUUUGGUAUGAGCAACAGUUUAGUGAAUCCAUUGAUAUACGGUGCCUUUCAUCUUUGGCCGCAACGGCAGAGGAAAAAUUAUUACCCCAGAGAUUUUUUAACAUUUCAACGACGAAACACUUAUACAAGUAAUAAUCGUUCUAUGAAAGAACUCCAAGGAGCACGAGCAUUAUUUUUAUCACAUGGAACACGAAUAUCGAGAAACACCCCCGAUGAAGAAGAGGACCACACAGGUCAUGUAUAGAUCAUAUAGGUCAAUGUAUGUAUAUGUGUGUCUAUAUAUAUAUU